AUGAGAGUCGCGUCUUGCGCUGCCUACCGCUGCCUGCAGAGGCUACAUGCAUCUGCCGAGGUCAACAUGGCGACAGCCAAGGAGAAGUUCCGGUUAGUGUGUUUCAACGAAGUGUUGUUCGACUUUUCCGCCGAAGAGUUCUCGGCGGAUGAAUACGACGUCGAUGGUUCUGGCGCGGUUGGCUGGUAUGAGUUUGUGACGGUCUGGCGAAAAGUCGACGUCUCCGUGAAACUCUCACUUCCUGAGCGAGUUUUUGUGUUAAUGGAAGAACCCACAUCGUCCUUCGUGGGUGUCAUGGCGAGCUGCCUGCCUGUUGAAGAUCGGCCAGGCAAGCUCAUAGCAUUCAGGCGCGACGAGCGAGAGGUAGUUUCCCAGUCCCCUGUGGUUGAGGGAAGCUGCCUAGCUCAGCUUAUCGGCAUUUGUGUUGAGAACCGGGUUGGUCGGUAUGUAGGUUUCAUGAUUGCGACCCUCCCGGAGAUGAAAGAACAUACAUGCGACGGGUGCGAGCCGGAGCAGAGGUACAUCGUGAGGGUGUGCUCUGCCCCCUUUACCAGAACUGAACUGUUACAUUACGAGCAGUUCUUGGAGCACGUCACCGACAACCAGGUGAACUAUACUCCAUCUCGCUUUGUCCGUCUGAUGCUCUUUGUCAUACAGCCCAUGAACCUCAUCGACCUUUUUGUAAUCAUACCCUUCGUUGUUGAGUCUUCGUUGUACAUCACGACGGCAAAUUUCACCGUCUUGCGCGUGCUGCGCCUGACGCGAUUAUUUCGCCUGGUGAAGCUGGGCAAGUCCUUCGAGGUGCUACAGAUCAUUGGCAGAGUCUUUCACAAGUCCAUCGCCAUGUUCUGGGUUUUUGCUGUGAACUUGUCUCUGGCCAUGUGCUUCUCUGCUGCGACGAUCUACUUUGUGGAGGGUGGCGAGUGGGAUGACGAUGAGAAAACCUAUUUGCGAACUGGCCAUGAUGGUAAAAAGUCUGAAACGCCCUUCCUCAGCAUUCCGCACUCAUUCUGGUGGGUUUUCGUCACAUUCACCACAGUUGGUCAGUGGCUCAGUCGCUGCUUCGUUGCUCGAGGAUACGGCGAUGUCGUCCCGGAGACCUUCUUAGGGAAGCUGAUUGGGGCAAGUAGCAUGCUUGUUGGCAUCUUCGUUCUUGCAUUGCCCAUCAGCGUCAUCUCGACGACAUUUGGGGAAGUUUGGCACGAAUGGAAGGAAGAACUUCGGCUAGAAGCCCAGUCACGCGAGGAGGAUCUGAGGAGCGUGGAGCUGGCUCUGCAGAUCAUCGAGAACCGCACUCACCUCACCAUCGAGCUCUAUGACCACUCCGAUCGCUAUCCUCCCGAGUUUCUGGGCCAAGUGCAAUACCGCACUCUUCCCCUUGACGUGCAGGAAACGGUCGAGUGUUCCGAUGAGUCGUUUCAGCUCAAGUCGAGCUUCGGCCUGCAAAGAGAGCUGUCCCUUGGGGAAGUCGUCCUGGGAUACACCUGGAAGCCUUCGGAGGAACAGGACAUGUACAGAUAUUCUGGUACCCUCGAGGUCCGCAUGCGUCGCGCUCAAGGACUUCUGCCUAGCGACUGGAAGAAGCACGGGAAACGAAAUGUGUAUGCAUUGGUUCGCUGCUGGCCCAAACCGCCGGAGUCACAAAGGCUCGGACAAAGUUUCGAUGUGACGUUCUACACGCGGAUCGUGGAUGCCACCCUCGAUCCAGUUUGGGAUGAGACCUUCGAGUUUGAGUUUGACUGGCCGUGUGACUGGAGACCUCAGAAGGAGCCGUCGCCGCCGCGCUUGAGUACGCGCUUUCAGCAGGAUUCGCCGAUGACCCUGAGGAGGGACCCAGCAACAUGCACCAGGCGCUGGCAGUUCGAGUGGGAAGCAUGGAACGGCAUGAAAUGGCAUGUCCAGCGAGCCAACACAAUUGCUGAGGUCUCGAUUCUCCGAGAGGAGACUCAGGACCUGAACGAGGUGCCGACACUGCGCCCAGACAAUGACAUGCGAGAGAUAGUGGAGGCCCAGGCAGCAGAGCUACGGCAGUUGCGACACGAGGCACCCUGCGUCAGCUUGAGACGGGUGUGCAUCAACCAUGGAGUUUCGACGACAGCAAGUGCCACCAUAAUUCUGCCACCGCGCUUUCAGGUUGGGACUUUGUCGCGAACGAUGGGGGACCUCCUUCCGCUUCUGCAAAGCCUGGCUGCCUUGCCAGAUGCCGGAAGAAGCAUCCCAGCCAGUGUCGAGGCCAGGAUCGAGACCGGGAUCGAGACCAGCGUCAGCGGGAAGAUCUGCAUCCAGGUCAGGAUCCGUGUGCGCCAGUCCGCCACCAGUGGCCUUCUUUACACAUCCGUCCACUCCUAUGGUCGCACCUCCGAUCAUGCACGGCGGCGGGCAGACUGCUGGGCCUGCGACUGA